GCAUGCGCAUUACUGUACAAUUGGGACUUGAAUCUCUUACACAACCGUGUCUUUCUCCAUUCUGCUUGUAGCUCCUUACCGGUGUGUGGUAACCUUAAACGAUUCUCUUUUUUGUUUUGUUUUGUUUUUAAUCGAACAGCGCUUAGGAAAUGAGUGGGGAUCAUUCCCACAACGAGGACCAGAUUGACUGUGGCUCUCGGGUCAAUGACUCUUAUAAACAUAAAGACAAGUAUAAAGAGAAGGAACACAAACAUAAGGACCACAAGAAGGAUAAGGAGCGGGAGAAGUCCAAGCAUGGCAACAGUGAUUACAGGGACUCAUCUGACAAAAAACACAGAGACAAAGAGAAGGAAAAGAUGAAGCACAAAGAUGGCAGCACAGUCAAAUACAAGGACAAGCACAAGGAGAAGAGGAAGGAGGAAAAGAUUAAGGCCCUUGAUGGUAAAGUCAAAAAGGAAAAAGAGAAUGGCUUUGCCAGUCCUCAACAUGUGAAGUCUGAGCCUGAGGAUAACUUUUACCACUCUCCUAAACAUGAGAAGUCUCUAAAAAGAGAGCGGGAUGAUGAUAAUGACUCUGAAUUCAAGCCCAAGAAAAUAAAGACUGAAAAUGACAAGAAGGCCAAGAAAAGAAAACAAGAUGAUGGGGGCAUUAAGUCCAAAAAGACAAAAAACAAAAAAGGAGAAGUCAUUGAUGGGAAGAAGAAAGCAAAGAAAGAGCCAGAGGAGAAGUGGAAAUGGUGGGAGGAGGAAAGAUACACAGAUGGCGUGAAAUGGAAAUUUCUAGAACACAAAGGUCCAGUGUUUGCGCCAUCUUAUGAGCCUCUUCCUAGCAAUGUCCGAUUUUACUAUGAUGGUAAACCCAUGAAGCUCAGCCCAGAAGCAGAAGAGGUAGCCACAUUCUUUGCCAAAAUGCUGGACCAUGAGUACACCACAAAGGAGAUCUUCCGCAAAAAUUUUUUUAAAGAUUGGAGGAAGGAAAUGACUUCGGAGGAAAAGGCUAAGAUCACAGACUUGAAGAAGUGCAACUUCUGUGAAAUGAAUGAAUACUUCAAGACACAGUCUGAGGCCAGAAAGGCUAUGACAAAGGAGGAGAAACAGAAAAUAAAGGAGGAGAAUGAGCGCGUCUUGCAGGAAUAUGGCUACUGCAUCAUGGAUAACCACAGGGAACGUAUUGCUAACUUCCGCAUUGAACCCCCAGGCCUGUUUCGUGGUCGUGGGGACCAUCCCAAAAUGGGCAUGCUCAAACGACGCAUUAGGCCUCAAGACAUCAUAAUCAACUGCAGCAAGGACUCCAAACACCCCGCGCCUCCUCCGGGUACUAAAUGGAAAGAGGUUCGUCAUGACAACAAGGUGACUUGGCUGGUGUCAUGGACGGAGAACAUUCAAGGCUCCAUCAAGUACAUCAUGCUGAACCCCAGCUCUAGGAUCAAGGGCGAAAAGGAUUGGCAGAAGUAUGAAACAGCCCGUAGACUGAAGAGUUGUGUGGACCGUAUCAGAAACCAGUACCGCGAGGACUGGAAGUCCAAGGAGAUGCGGAUCAGGCAGAGGGCUGUGGCACUCUACUUCAUUGACAAGCUGGCUUUGAGAGCGGGGAAUGAGAAGGAGGAAGGAGAGACUGCAGACACUGUGGGCUGCUGCUCGCUUAGAGUUGAACACAUCAAGCUCUAUCCAGAGAGCGAUGGUCAGGAGUAUGUGGUGGAGUUUGACUUCUUGGGUAAAGACUCCAUCCGCUACUACAACAAAGUCCCUGUGGAGAAAAGGGUAUUUAAGAAUGUGCAGUUGUUUAUGGAGAACAAGGAGCCUGAUGAUGACCUGUUUGAUCGCUUAAAUACUUCCAUACUCAACAAGCACCUUCAGGAGCUGAUGGACGGUCUGACAGCCAAAGUUUUCCGUACCUACAAUGCUUCAAUCACCCUGCAGCAGCAGCUAAAGGAGCUCACAAACUCGGAGGAGAACAUUCCUGCCAAGAUCUUGUCCUAUAACAGGGCCAACAGGGCUGUGGCCAUCCUGUGUAACCAUCAGAGAGCACCACCAAAGACAUUUGAGAAGUCUAUGCAGAACCUGCAGACUAAGAUUGAUGCUAAAAGGGGCCAGCUCUCUGAUGCCAGGAGAGAACUUAAGAGUGCCAAGGCUGAUGCUAAAGUGCGGAAGGAUGUAAAAUCCAGAAAGACUGUGGAGACCAAGAGGAAGGCAGUUCAAAGGAUAGAGGAGCAACUGAUGAAGCUGGAAGUGCAGGCAACUGAUCGUGAAGAAAACAAACAAAUUGCCCUUGGCACGUCCAAGCUCAACUAUCUGGACCCUCGUAUUUCUGUGGCUUGGUGUAAGAAGUGGGGUAUUCCCAUUGAGAAGAUCUACAAUAAAACCCAGCGUGAGAAGUUUGCCUGGGCCAUCGACAUGGCAGACAAAGACUUUGAAUUUUAAAAUCCCAUUUUGUGGUUUUAACUAUGAUACGCAUCUUUUUAUUGGAUACUCGGUUUUUAAGCUUAACUGAAUUUUGCUCGAUGGACAGAUGUGGCAAGGAAUUUCCGACAGUUUUAAGCAGAAAAACAGCAGCAACAUGGUAAGUCGACAGCUGUGGCUAUUAUGAAGUGGCAGGAAGGUGAUGUGGGUAGUCUAAACAUCUGAUCUGAGAUCAGGCAUCAAGGCUGAACUGUACCCACAACUGAGCACCACGGCACAGUCCCAGUCAGUUGAAGACUUUUUAGCUUUGUGUCUCUCCCUCUUCUGGGACUGAACCUGACAAUGCCUGAACUUUGAACUCUGUGGUCCGAAAGCUACUGUAUUCCACGAAAACAAAAUGCUUUGUAUCAUUGUAUUUUUUUUUUUUUUUGUUCACUCACUCUGUAUUUUAGCCCUUCAUGUAUUAUUAACGAAUUCUAUAUUUUGAUAGACAAAUUUAAAUCAAGUUCCUUAACUAUACCUACAGGCCUUUUGAAAUGGAAAUGGUGAGCUUGACUUUGACGUGUGUGUGUAUGUCUGGAAGCUGAUUGGGCGAAUAUUUUAAACUGGACUAUGUUGAAUUGAGUAUGAAAGAGGAUGUUUAGGUCAGCAAAGGGGUGGGGGGGGGGGUGAUACUACAACCAUGUCAAUAUUUAUACUCAAGCAAACUGAAUGUGAAUGUUGUUUUACAGCCUCUAUCAGGGACUUCUUUUUCAGUGUAAAUGUGAACCAAUCACUUGUUCUUUGGGUUGCAAGCAUCCUCUGUGUCUCUGCAUAGCCCUAUCAACAUCUGAUUUUAAUUUAGCAGUUGUUCCAAGAAAAACUCCCGUAUCUGUUACUUGAAGAUAAUGUAUUUAAAGUGGAAAGUGUUAUCUUUCAGAAGGGGCAUAUAAGGGAUAUCAAUUUUGCCAAAAAAAUCUAAUCUGUUACAAUUUGGGCAGUUUCUAAAAUUUGUUUUUAAAGAUUGAGGGUAAUGCAACAUUUAAUGUGAACUAGUUCAUUUUAUUCCACUCUUAGGAGAGGAGAGUUGAUGUAAGUAGCUGUAAAGUCAACAGCCUAUUCCUGGUUUACCUUUUGUCAUAACCUUUUGAUCAUGUUUGUUUUAUGCCCAUUGUAGGUUGAAAAAUGAAUAAAAUCCUACAGGUAAA